AUGGCCGUUUACGUCAUCACCGGUGUCUCGAAGGGACUUGGUUACGAGUUCCUUCGCCAAAUAUCCGGGGAACCAGGCAAUACCGUCGUUGGAAUCGUCCGAGAUAAGGCGACGACUGUCAAGAAGAUUUCUGAAGACGCAGAACUAAAAGCACGAACCAACAUUCAUAUCCUGAAAGCCGAUGUAACCAGCUAUGAUGAUCUGAAGCAAGCUGCAGCCGAUACUGCUAAGAUUACGGGUGGUAGCAUUGACUACCUCGUCGCAAACGCGGGUCGCGUUUCUCAAUUCGAUCCCUACGACCCCAUCUCGGUUUUGGGCGAGAAACCUCAGGAGCUCGAGGCGGAACUGAACAAGCUGAUCAGCAUCCACGUCACCGCCAACAUCCAUCUUUAUAACCUAUUCAUGCCUUUGAUUUUGAAGGGCAAGACAAAGAAGGUUAUCGCUAUCUCCAGUGGUCUUGCAGACCUAGAUUUAACAGCCAACUACGACUUGGACCUUAGCGUCCUGUACUCCGUCAGCAAGGCGGCGAUGAACAUGGUAACGGCCAAGUUCAGCGCCGAGUACAAGAAGGAUGGCGUCCUUUUCCUAAGCAUCUGCCCGGGGAUGGUGGACGUCGGCCACUACUCCAACUCAACCCCGGAACAGCUGGCGAAGUUCGGUGGGAUAAUGGAGAAAUUCCUCAAGUUUGCGCCCCAUUUCAAAGGUGCAGAUACUCCGGAAAACUCCAUUCCAGCUGUGAGAUCGGUUUGGGAAAAUGCUAGCGUCGAAAAGGGAGAUGGCGGUGCUUUCCUUUCGCAUCUCGGCAACAAACAGUGGUUGUAA